GGCAUAUGUACGAGAUGCCAUUCAACCAACAACCUACUCAUCAGCCAUCGUAUCGCCGUUCACUUCAGAAUCAGUACUCACUUGAAUAUUCUUCUUAACUCAUUCUCACUACUACAAUGUCAAUAAUCAACACCGCGUCCACGACACGCGCAGAUCUCCCAUCCCUAGACCUUAUGUUCCCUCAAGAGCUCAUUUCACUUGAGGUUUCAGCACAGCUUCCCUCUGAUCUCCAGAUACGCCCGCUUGCGUCAACAGACUACAAACGCGGGCAUCUCGAUGUCCUUUCUGGGUUAUCCGUCGUCAACGACCUCGGCGAGGUAGCGUGGGUCAAUCAGUUCCACGCCAUGCGCGCAACACCGGGCGCAUACUUCUCCAUCGUCAUCCUCGACAAGGCGAGCGACAAGAUCAUCGGAGUCGGUACCGUCUUCAUCGAGCGCAAGUUCCUCCGUGGUCUUGGCAGCGUCGGCCACGUCGAGGAUAUCGCCGUCGACAAAAACUACCAGGGCAAGAAGCUUGGCCUCCGUAUCAUUCAGGCUCUCACGCAUAUCAGUGAGAGCAGCGGCUGUUAUAAAACCAUCUUGAACUGUAAUGAUACUAACAUUCCCUUUUACGAAAAGUGUGGCUAUGUCAAGAAGGAGAACGAGAUGGCAAAGUACGCCCCAGAGCGUGUCAAUAACGCACCAAAACUUUGAUUUGCCAUCUCAUCUAUUGGACUACACUAGUAUAUACCAUCGUCAUCAAUUGCCCGUAUUCUAGAUCUUCCUGCGGACAUCCUGUACGGAUACCUUGCACAUACCUGUAUCAUUGGUUUUAUUGCCAACAUAUUUGAUUAACAGCUCUACCUCGAGAGCUAAUUGAGCAUCGAAAUGCAUGAGAUCUACG